AUGAAGCCUGUUACUUGGGAGCACGUCAUGGGUAGCCUGCCAGCAAAUAGAGUGCAGCCCAAUCCGGCCUUUCAUACCACAGGAGUGGACUGUUGUGGGCCAUUCUAUCAUAAGGCAGAGGUCAGAAAUAAGGCACCCCACAAGUGCUAUAUCGCCGUCUUUGUCUGCUUUUCCACGAAGGCCGCUCAUUUGGAAGUGGUCCAGGAUCUCACUACGGAUUCUUUCAUCGCAGCGCUGAGGAGAUUCAUCAGCCUAAGAGGCAGUCCUCGUACCAUUUGGAGCGACAAUGCUACCAACUUUGUCGGUGCAAAGAGCGAGCUUGCCGAGCUGAAAGAGCUCUUUUUGAGCGAGCAGCACACAAGAUCAAUAUCUUCAGUCUGCUUAGCCGAUGGGAUCGAUUGGAAGUUCAUCCCUCCGCGUGCCCCGCACUUCGGUGGCUUAUGGGAGGCUGCUGUGAAAUCAGCUAAAUUUCACUUCUACAGAGUCGUCGGUGCAUCCAUCUUAGCCAUCGAUGAAUUAAGAACUCUUGCAUAUGAGAUUUCUGCCAUCCUUAACUCACGUCCACUCUGUCCAAUUUCAGAAAAUGCUGAAAACCUUGAGGUGCUAACACCGGCGCAUUUCCUAAAGGGUUCCAGCUUCACUAAGUUUCCUGAGCCUGACAUUACUCAUCUUCGCGAAGGCUGCCUCAGCAGAUGGCAGCGUGUGACUCAGAUGCAGCAACAUUUCUGGAAAAGAUGGAGCAGUGAGUAUUUAACCCUUCUACAAGAGAGAAGCAAGUGGCGCGUCGAAACGUCUAACAUCAAGGUUGGAAGUAUAGUUUUGCUGAAGGAGGACAACGUUCCACCCUUGAGAUGGCAGCUUGGGCGCAUCGAGGAAGUCAUACCCGGCGGGGACGGAGUCAUCAGAGUAGCUAUGGUCCGUGUAGCUACGAGUCUGAUCAAGCGAGCCGUCGCCAAACUAGCCGUUCUGCCCAUCGAUUCCGAGAUAGUUGGAACCUUACCUCUUCCAACGGGGAGAGUAUGUUCGGAGCAGAGCGCCAGCGCCUAG